AUGGCGGCUGUUAGGGCGGAUUCAACUACCGAAGACAAACCAGCUGCCCCUGAAAGUAAACCUGCGGCCGAAUCUGUUAGACCGAAAGAACAUGGGCACAGAGACAAAAGGAAGAAAACAGAUGUAGUAGACCCUGCCUACAACUGUUGGUUCAAGACUCUACGUUCCCUAACUGCUAAUAACAGCGAGUACUUUGAGCGACACAAGACUCAGUACUCCAGUCGCUUCUCAUCUGCCGUGCUCGUCCUUCAGGGCCAUGCAGACGCGAUCCAGCCCAUCCUUGAGGGCUUCAUCAGAAUAGCGCCCGACUUUGACGUGGACGAGAACACACCCUGCAACGGCUACCGCAGCUUGGUGAAAGUGGUGGGGACAUGCAUACGGCGUAUCAUCCACGUCCAGCGUAAGGUGGUUAACAAUCGUGAUGGACUCCUGUUCCAGAGCAAACACUACUGCAUGGAGCUGGAGGCGUACGCCUCAGUCCUGUGCCAGCUGAGAGCCAUCAUGGACGUUGCACAGAAGGUGUUAGCCAAGAGUAAACAUGGCCAGCUCUUCCCAGAGGAGAAACUCUUCCCAGAGUUCAUGUUUGAAGAAGCUGAGUCCUUGGAUAAGGAGUGUUUUUAUGGGAGAUGUGUUGGAUUUCAGUUCUGCAGCUCUAUGCAGCCCAUCUUCCACACCAUUUCCACCGCGAUGGCUUCGUUUGCCGAGGCCUACAGCGACCACGACGGUCAGCUGACACGAGCGCUGGCGUCCCUCCUGAACAGCGGGAAGUACGCCAUGAACCCUGAGCUGCGUGCGCGGACUAUCGUCAGCAUGUGUGAUAAAGCAGACAUCGGCUUCUGUAAGGCAUUCUGGAACAUCACGGAGGAGGGACCUCUGCAGCACAUGUCAGGAUUUCUGAGCAGCUCAGUGAACGUGAAUAAAGUGUUCCACAUCCCUGCCAUGCCGUUUGAGAUGGAGUCCAGUCUGGAGGAUGGAGAGCUGGUCACCAUCACCCCGCCCUGCUCACAGACUGGACCUGGGCCAGUACAAGUCAGGCUCAUAUGCUUUGAGAACAGGAGGGACAGGUUAGUCUCACUGGGCACUCCUGAGGAUAUCUCCUCCCCCAUCAUGGACCAGGUGGAAGAGAAGUUGGGGACUAAGAAGAAAGUUCCUGCUCCCAAGUCUGACGCUCUCAUCAUUCACAUUCAUGGAGGAGGCUUCGUAGCACAGUCAUCCAAGUCACACGAGAUGUACCUGCGGACCUGGGCAAAGGACAUUGACGUACCCAUCCUGUCUGUGGACUACUCCCUGGCACCUGCUUACCCCUUCCCUCGGGCCAUGGAGGAGUGCUUCUUUGCAUACGCCUGGGCACUGAAGAAUGCUCAUAUCCUUGGCACCACAGCAGAGAGAGUGUGUCUUGGGGACAGUGCAGGAGGAAACCUGUGUGUCUCUGUAGCCAUGAGAGCUGCUAACUACGGCAUAAGGGUUCCUGAUGGAGUCCUUGCUGCCUACACCCCCUUCCUGGUGCGGUACACCCCCUCCCCCUCCCGCCUCCUGUGCAUGAUGGACCCCCUCCUCCCCAUGGGUAUCCUGUCCCGCUGCAUUGCUGCUUACGCUGGUCUCAAGGAGAAGAAGCCAGGAGAAGACGUUAGUUCCUCAAGUUCCACCACGAGCUCCACGCCACAGCUCAGCACCCCUGAGCACAACUUCUCCUCGGCCAGACUCGUGUUCGACCCCUCUCCCACAGAACCCAAGAGAAGUGGGGAGGGGGCAGCCGCUCCCAAACUCUUAUUCACAAACACGUCGGGUGGUUUGUGUGAAGUGCAUACCCCGUCACCCAGCCCCCCUAGUGGAGACGGACCAGACCAAACAGACGCUCCAGUAUUAACUGUGGUAACAGAGACUGCUGUCAUACAGGGCAAACAGAACCCUGAACAAACCGUAGACAAUCUAAAAGAACCCCAUUUUGAGGACAUAGCACUGUCUCCUUACGAAGAGGACAGCGGUGACUCGGAGUGGUCACUAACAGACAAACAGACUGAAGGUGAUUCCCCCAGUGGAGGUGGCAUGAGUGAUGAGAAGAGUCCUGAGGAAGGAUCAGAACAGAUGGAGAAGGACAGAGCCGCGGAGGAUGACCCCAACAGGCCCUCCUCUCUGUCUCUGCCAUCUCUGCCCUCCCUGGAUGAGAUCUCCAUGGCGAUAUCGAAGAUGACGGAGAGUAAGCCAGAGGAGGUGGUCCUGCCCUCAGAGCCGGUACACAGCCCGUCCGGGAUCUCCCAUGUGACCAGGUACCGCCCGUCCCCCAUCCUCAACAAUCCCUACAUGUCCCCACUGCUGGCUGAUGAUGAGCUGCUGAAGGGCCUCCCACCUGUCUAUCUAGUGCCCUGUGCCUUGGACCCUGUACUGGAUGACUCCAUCAUGUUUGCCCACCGUCUGAAGGCCCUGGGCAUCCCGUACAAGCUCCAGGUGGUGGAGGAGCUGUCUCACGGCUUCCUCAACUUCACCUCCAUCUGUAAGGAGGCACGACAGGCCAACGACCUCUGCAUCAACAACCUGCUGGAGAUGCUGGGCCGCAGACCACGCGGGGGGCGAGUCGCCACACCCACCAGAAAACUAUAGCAUACACACAUGUAUGACAUUGUGUUCUUGGGACUGACAGGCAUUGUAGGCUAGAAUGUCAAUGUGUGGAAGCUGCAUCUAGCAGCAUUUUAGCUCUAGACUGGACAUUUUCUUCAUUGUGAAGUACUCUCAAGUUCUGGACUAAUCCAGACUGACUAAUGCUAGCUUACUAGUACUUUGGUUACCAGAUUAUUCCAUGGAAGCUGAGUUGAUUGAACUUUUUACAUGUAUGUGGUCCCAGUUAGGGGCCCGGUCAACAGUCUGUGAUGGAGAGAACUGGUGCAGACCAGUUAGCUCAGGCUGUGUGCCAUACAGGUUACAUUCAUGUACUGCAAUAGCAUCCCAGACUAGAAUAAGGGCCAGCCUGGAGCUUCUAAACUCUAUGUUAACCUGUGUUGUGACCAAGGCAUCCAACAAAUAGUUAGGAUGUGAAUAGUGUGCAUUACCAUAUGUCAUUUGAACAAAAUCUCAAUGUUAAUAUUGCUAACUUAUAUAUUUAAAAAGAAAUUUGAAGUGAUAUAGUGCAGAAUCAAGACAUUUGAAAAGCAAUAUCAAUGUCACAAUAAUCAAUUUUAAAUAGCAAGUCUUGUAUGACCAGUCAGUUUUAUUCAGUGUUACAAAAAGUUGCAGUAUAAAUCAAGUUAGAGAAAUAAGCAAAGACUGUAAGCAAAAGCAAAGGAAACUGUACAAAACAAUCAAUCAGAAGUAAGGAUUGAAUCGGGUGUAAACAUGAGGCAUUUUUUAAACAUGAAAACUGGAAUGGCAACUUUCCCUGUGAAAUGGUUGUAACUCAAGAACUGACCUGGUGAUGCAUCUUUACUUUUAGCUCACUGUGGUAUACCUGGUAGUGGUUUUCAGGCCAGAUUCUGUAUUGUGAGCUUUGUAGGUCGAUCCCUGUCCUGUCUGUCUUUCAUCAUAAUGCAUACUUCCUUCAGUCUUGUGGAAAACAUGUUGUUAGCUGCUGUUCCCAUUUAAUUAUUUCCACACAGCUUUUAGAUUAGGCAAACAUAACUAUUCAGUGUACAAAUGCUUGCAAUGUUAUCAAAUGGCCACAGUAAGAAGUACAUGUACAUAUACAAAUGCAUGACGUGGUGUUAAUGACAUAGCAGUUUGUGACAGUACUUGAGUUUUUAUGUUUUUUUGUGUGUGUUGAACAGUGAAAAAGAUGAGUGUAUAGCCAUACUAGUGAAGGGCUCGAUAACUAUAUUUUUUGCUGUGAUAUGCAAAGGAAUUGUGAUGAAACUACAUGUAAUAGUUAUUUAUUGCCUUCCGUAACUGUUAUUGUUGACUGAACAUUGCAUCACUUCAAAGAAAAGUCAUACAUGCACUUGUAACUCAAGCAAAGAUACUAAGUAUUUACAUGAAGUACUAAAGUAUUUUCCUUAAAAGGGUUCAGAAACUAUAACAGUUUAUUAAGACUAAACAGUUAAGACUUAGUACAUAAAAACAGUGCAAUAUGAUAGUUUAUGAAUUUACAAAGUUCUAGCAGGGAUUUUAGGAUUCUACUGCAAUGUAUAUGUAUAAAUGUUGCAGAGCAAAAGCUGUUUUGUGUGGAAAUGACGCAGAGUUCUAGAGGCAGUGUUACAAACAAGAUAGAAUAUAUAGAUGCUUUGUUAGUUGACAUGAACUUUUCUGUCAUACGUGUGUUGUGCAAAAUUUCCCUUGUGGAUCAGCCCUAAAUAUGAGUUUGGGCAGUUCCCAUACUCAAAGAAACAUGUCAGUUGUGUGGAAUGAUUACAUUUUGAGUCCAUUAGUGUACCUACAUGUACAUACAUAUAUGUAUAUAUUUAAACAGGUGGAAAGACUUGUCAAACAUUGUAGAUUGCCAGUCAUCUUUUCUUAUGAUCAUGAGAGCUUCAGUCUGAAGGAUGGAAGUAGUAAUUAUGGAAAAAAGAAGUGGUGUUUGUGAGGAAUUAGAAUAUCCCUCCAGCCAAUAGAACUUUCCCUGACACAGCUGUGCUGAAUUGAAUCUGUACAGUGACUAGACAAGGGAAUAUCUCCCCCUAGUGGUGUCUGUUCAAAUUGCAGGAUUACAGCUGACUGUUUCACAAUUCUCACUUCUCUUGUGUCAUGGUUUUAUUUAUUCUCAAGAGGUGCUGUGAUAGUCAGCAUAAACCCAUACUGGUAUUUUGCCAUUCAUCUCUUACUCAUUUAGCCAUUUACUCCAAUGUCUACCUUUUGUUUCAACAUGCAUACAUGUUCCUGUGUAAUUUAAACAUGUAUAGGUGAAUCAAUAUACAUUUGUACAUACCUCUUUAGUGUACAUGACUAUUUAUGAAAAAAAAUUUAAUAUCUCUUUUGGUACCAGUAUGUUUUACCUUGUUUGUUGUGCUGGCAUUCCACACUUAAAAACUGUUCACAACAUGAUUUUGAACUGCUAUGUUUGAUAGGAUAAAUACUUAAUCACAGUUAUUGGAUUAAUGUAAUUUUUCAAUAUUAUAAUAAGUAUAAUAAUUUUACUUACAGGUUUUGCAUUGUACAGUUUGCUAGCCCCACCCUUGUUGCUUUGCAUGUUUUAAACAUUAAUAUAUAUGGGUUGUUAUAUGUAUACUUUCCAGCUUGUUUGCUUUACCAUUUUGUUGAAAAACCAUCAGAUUUGUGUUUGAUGUAACUACCACAUUAUUAAAAGCUUUGCCACUAUUAUUUAUUUUUUGUAGCUUUUAGGUAACCGGGAACUGAGUGUUACAAUAAGCAAUACAUGUAUUAUGUUUGACCUAAGUUAUGUUUUGUUAUAUCUAGAUGGUAACUGAUAAUUAUUACAAACAGCAUGCUUAGGUUCUGCUGUUACCAGUAGCCCAUACUGAUGUCAAUAUAUGUACAUUUUGUACAUGUUUAAUGUCAAAAACCCUGAAUUGGUUUCAGGCAGGUAAACCAUCAAGGAUUCCUACAGGGGAGGGAAAUACUCAUCUAUUAGACAAACAAAAGUUUUUAAAGUUUCUAUCUCUUUAUUUACUUUUUAAUCCAGUUUUAGUUACAUAUAAAGUAUUUAGUUAUAGCAUACCUCUCUUUGUACAGCUCUAUUUUUAAUCAAAUACAUCAUCUUGAUAACUUUCUUUUGGUAUGACAGCAAUGCCUUUUAGACAUUUCAUUCUCAAACCCAACACAUCGUUAAGACAGGUAUGCAAAUACUAAUUCCAUUUGUAGGGGAGAGGCUGGGGUCCAGCAGUAGUUAAUGUAUAGUGAUAUAAACUGAUAGGGUGAUACAAGCCACUGACAGCAAAAAAAAACAUAAACACAUUAGUGACAAAUCAAACUAAUCCCACAGACCCUACACAGCAGAAACAACACCAGUAAGUAACAACACUACAGUAAUAUGACGACUUGAUUAGUGAAUACAUUCUUGUACUAGGUUACAGAAUUCUAAUCUGGAACAUAAUUUUGAAAACAUUGCAGUCACAAUAUAUGUCCAGAAAUUUUAAAAAAAGACAUACAGUGUUUAGUAUACAGGUGUCAGAAAGUAAAACAGCAGAAUCUUCCAUUUCUAUCACCAGGAUGGCAAAAUCCAUACUGGAUUGAAACUUGAAAGAUAACUUUAAACAGGUUUAAUUUUAAAAUGAUGUCUAUGUCAGAGCUGAAAGUCUUCUUGAGUGAUAAAACAAUAUACCUAGCAGUACAACAUUACAGAUUGCACAAGUACAAUGUAGUAACAUACUGUACUUACUAGCAUUCAGACACAAACACAUAUUAUGCACAGUAUUAAACAUGUCUGCAUACACAAUGAAUCAUUCAACAUACGGUUAUAAUACCGUAAAGAAUUAUACAUUCAUCAAAUUCAAUCGAAAGUGUGCUAACUCUAGUUUAAUAAGGUAAGGUAUGCUGACCUAAUGAUAACCCCAUAUGUUAUUAUUACAUGUAUAUUAUAUAUAGACCAUUCAAGAUUACUUCUGUUGCCUGGAACACAGUUUUAUGCAGAAUUCAUAUCCACAAUAUACAACUCAUUUAAUAGUUUAAAGAGCAGUGAACAAAACCAUGAAACAAAAAGACAAAUGCCAUGUCCUUUCAAUUAUUAUUCAUUAGCUUUAUGAUAUCGUAAAUAUCUUCUACAUGUAUGCUGCAAAAAGGCAAUGUAAACUAAAAUAUGAUUAUUACACAUACAGUUAAGGGUGAUAAUAUUAUAAUUUUGAAUAAAUAAAACAAUGAGUAAACCACGGAAAAAUGUGGUUACCUCAACAUAUAAACUUGACAGAAACAUCCUUCUGAAAACAUGACAGUGAAAAUCAUACUUAGACAUUUGUUCUGAUUUUUUGUAGUCUCGAUCAUUCACUCUACAGUAUUGCAAGUAUACACUUCACAUGGCUUUCAUAAUUGAUUCUUAAAUGACUUAUGAUUGCAUGACACAAAAUAUAAAGACAACGUUUUGAGAAUCAAAAAAGUACAGAACAUACAAAUGUUUAAGUACAAAUCACCAUACCUACUUGUUACCAAGGACAUUGUCCUUGUUGUUACUAAAAAUGAGCAAAGAUCCAAGUUGUUACAAUUUUGCUCACAUCUAAAUAACAAUGUUCACAUAAGUCCUCAUACAUGUCAAUUAAGAUCCCAUCAACUCAAAAGGAAAACCGUGCUUUCACCCAACAUAAACACUUGGUUACAACAAACUUGAGCAUUAUGAUUCCAUGUAAAAUCAUGCACUCAUUUCAGAAAAUGAGAAAAAUCCCCAAGAACACUUCAUUUUUUAAAUAUUUUUGUCAUACUAAGUCAUUUCAAAAAGUUGGCAGUAGGCCUCAUCUACCAGUCUGAUAGAUGAUACCCAAGUCUUUAUAUACUACUAUAAAAACUUCUCACUAAAAGUCACAUGCCACUCAAGUUACACACAACCAUACUUUCAAUAGCAGAGAGUAUUGUUUGCUUCUAAGAUUAUCCCAUGACUGUAAUGCAUCAUUUCAGAUAGGCUCUUUCAAACCCACA